AUGGAAGAAGAUUCAGCAGAACGAUAUAAUGAAAUCGAAAUGAUGGAUGAUGAAGAGGGAAGAAAAAAGGCAAAAAAUGGGAAGAAAAAGGUUUACAUUCCUGGUGUAAGUCGUCCAUUGCGUGAAGAUGAAGAUUGGGAUUUUGAUCCUGAAGCAUAUAACUUAUAUCACAGUUUUGAAACAAAGUGGCCUUGUCUUAGCUUUGACACAAUUACUGAUGAUCUUGGCGAUAAUCGUACUAGUUUCCCAAUGAGCUGUUAUUUGGUUGGCGGAACUCAAGCUGAGAAACCAACAAACAACGAGUUAAUUGUGAUGAAGCUGUCAAAUUUGAAUCCAAUUGAAGGUGAUGAAGCGUCUGAUAGCGAAGAUGAGCCUGAAGAAAAUCCUCAAAACAAAGAACCUAAACUUCACGCUGUAGCUAUUCCACAUAUUGGCACUGUCAAUCGUGUGAAAUCAGUUACUCUUGGUCAAAGCAAAGUGUGUGCUGCAUUUAGUAGCCAAGGAAAAGUAACAUUAUGGAAUCUCACUCAAGCAAUGGAAGAAAUAUCCAGUGCGGAAGGACGUGACCGUAUUAUGAAACGCCCAAAAGAACGACCUUUCUUCUCAUUCAUUGGUCAUCAGGCUGAAGGAUAUGCUUUAUCAUGGUCACCGCUUAAAAUGGGAAGACUUGCAUCUGGUGACAUCAGACAUAAAAUACAUUUGUGGACGAUGGCUGAAGGUGGUCAGUGGGUUGUUGACGAUAAACCGCUUACCGGACACAUAGAUUCUGUAGAGGAUCUUUGUUGGUCACCAACGGAAGAAACAAUGCUUGCUUCAUGUUCGGCCGAUCAUAGCAUCAAACUUUGGGAUACAAGGUCUCCACCAUCGGAUGCCUGUGUUUGUACUGUAGAAAAUGCUCACAAAUCACAUGCAAAUGUUAUAUCAUGGAACAAAUUUGAACCGCUGAUAGUAAGUGGUGGUGACGAUACGACAUUGAAUAUAUGGUCACUUAAAACUAUGCAGUACAAAGAACCCGUUGCUCGAUUUAAACAGCAUAAAGCACCCAUCACGUCUGUGGAAUGGUCUCCCCAUGAAACGACAACAUUGAUAGCUUCUGGAGAAGAUAAUCAAGUUACUAUUUGGGAUUUAGCCCUCGAAGCCGAUUCGAACGAAAAUAUUGCAGAAGUACCUCCACAGUUGUUGUUUGUUCAUAUGGGACAGCAGGAAGUGAAAGAGGUGCAUUGGCAUAGUCAAAUCCCGGGUUUUGCGGUUACAACUGCGUUAUCCGGUUUCAACGUAUUUAAACCGACAAAUUUAUGA